UUAAUGGAGGCGGUACAUGGUGAUCUAUUCUCCAAGCGUCAGUGGGAGAAGUUCCUCAAGAACCGUGCCGUCCCCGGUAGUGGUAUCUCGUUCGCAGAGAUUGAGGUAGACCUCUGUAACAUUCCGAGUAGGGAAGACAUAGCACUAGAACAGUUUGAAGCAAAGCAAGAAAAAGAUGAACGUUUACUUAAACACAUCGAGAAGAAACUCGCAGAUGAGAAAUCUAAAGCUGAGAUGUUGCUGCAACAAGAGGAGGAAAACAAGCUAGCAGAAGAAAAAGCCAGACAGAAGAGAGCAGAGGAACAAAAGAGGAAGCAAAAGGAAGAAGAAAAACUCAAGACAGAGAUGAAUGAGAAACUAAAACGAAAGGAGGAAGAGGGUAAGUGUUGUACAGACAGAAUGCAAUUUUUUAAUUUUAUUUGCCAAAUACCUGGCAUUUUUUCCACAGAGGAAAGAGUUCACUGAACCAGA